CAUACAAGAUCCUAUUUUUCAACCAAAAAUGAGAAGUUUCACAAUUUAAAAAAAAAAAGGAAAUGAAAUUGCACAGAAGCAUCUGAGCACAGAAGCAGCACUUUGUUUUCUGUCUCUGAAGAUCUAGAAGCUUUUUCCGUCGGAGCUGGACUUCUCUAUACUGCACCAUCUUAUCCCAGCGUUCACAAACACACCCGUCCACGGAGGAUUUGAUGUCAAUGGCUGAAGACAUGAAACUAUUUUUGAACUCAUUGGUGCCAGUCUUCCUCAUCUUUAUACUGGUUCCUGGCAAAGUGAGGCCAAAUGGGGAGAUAAACGUGACAUCGGCAAAAUUGGACGUUGAUGUCGGAGGCUCAGCCACAAUCUUCUGCUCCGUCGCAAAGACAAUUGACAUCAGAGAAAUACAUUUUUGGGGGAACGAUAGAGAAAUUCUCAAUCUGAAAAUACAGAAAAGUGAAAUUUCAUCCAAACUUAACUUUUCCGGCACCUUUGAGACAUUCAAAUGGAUCAUAAAAGGAAGUGAAUAUACAUGCACAGACAAGACAGGAAUGGACGUCCAGACAGCUUCAGGAGUCCUUGAGGAAACGGAGCAGGUUGAAUGUCCCUCUACGAAUACAUCCUCAACCCUGUUUCUUUACUUUAAAACUGAGGAAAUUGCAUCCUACCGUGUACAACCCAGUGCAUACCACAGUCGCUUGGAUAUCUCUGGUACUAUUUGGGAUCUCAAAAUAAUGCUGACUGAUCUAAGUGAAAAAGAUUGUGGUUCAUAUACUUGCAAAGGAAACGCAUCCAACAUGGGAGAGUUAAAGGGAAAUGCCGUUUUUCUUACUGUGAGAGGUCAUGGAAUAAGCCUAAACACUGGCACGCUGACAUUGGCAUCUGCCAUGGUAUUGACAUCCAGCUUAUUUCUACUGUAUUAGACUUG